CUACCUCCCACAGGACAACACCCCGGUGGGAGGCAGACUUCGCCUAUUCCGAGACGAGUGGCUUCGCCUCACUGCCGACCCCUGGGUACACGACAUAAUCUCCUCAGGUUAUCGGCUCGAGUUUGUGUCCAGACCUCCAAACCGUUUUUUCAUGUCAAGACUCCCUCCGGAUUCAAACAAACGCAACGCCUUCCUCUCCGUCAUCCAGGACCUGCUGGACGAAAGAGUGAUCGUUCCCGUCCCUUCGGGAGAAAAAUAUCAAGGUUUCUACUCCAACCUCUUUAUCGUUCCAAAGAAGGACGGAUCCUUUCGGCCCGUCCUAGACCUGAAGCACCUCAACGCCCUUAUUCGUUUCUCUCGCUUCAAGAUGGAGUCUCUCCGGUCAGUCAUCUCAGCCAUGAAUCCAAACGAGUUCCUGGUGGCCCUGGACAUAAAAGAUGCCUACCUACACGUGCCAAUUUUCCCUCCCCAUUGGAAGUUCUUGCGGUUUGCACUCAAAAACCAACACUUCCAGUUCACCGCACUCCCCUUCGGCCUCACCUCGGCCCCCCGGAUAUUUACCAAGAUCAUGUCGGCGGCCGCAGCCUCACUGAGGUCACGAGGGGUCUCCAUCACACCAUACUUGGACGACCUACUUCUCAAGGCCCCCUCCUUACCAGCAGCCACAUCCCAACUCUCCCUGGUCAUGCAUUCCCUCACCGUCCUGGGAUGGAGGAUCAACACGGCAAAGUCCAGACUAACACCUUCCCAACGCAUGCCCUUCCUAGGCAUGGUAUUCGACACGGCGCAGCAGAGAGUGUUUCUCCCACUGGAGAAGAUUGCCAGGAUCCAGAGCCUUGUCCGUCAGCUCCUACGCAACCCCCAACCCUCUGUCCGCCUGGCCAUGCAGGUGCUGGGGUCACUGGUGUCCUCCAUAGAAGCAGUUCCCUUUGCCCAAUUCCACCUAAGGGCCCUACAAUGGAACAUCCUGGAUCAAUGGAACCGCAGCUCUCUUUCCCAGCCGAUCAACAUUCUGCCCAAGACGAGAGUGGCCCUGACCUGGUGGCUCAACCAAGCCCACCUGGAAAAAUGACGCUCCCUACAUGAACCCCAGUGGCUCAUCCUUACCACGGAUGCCAGUCUCCAAGGCUGGGGCGCAGUCCUGGGACACCUUACCGCACAGGGAACCUGGACGGCUGCGGAAGCCCGCCUUCCGAUCAAUAUCUUGGAAAUCAGGGCGGUACGCCUAGCUCUCUACCAUUGGCAGAACCAACUCACAGGGCGCGACAUCAAGGUCCAAUCGGACAACGCCACCACCGUCGCUUACCUCAAUCACCAAGGGGGCACGAGGAGUCGACAGGCCCUCAAAGAGGUCAGCCGCAUUCUAACGUGGGCAGAAGCGAGGGAAGUCCGCCUCUCUGCCAUCUACAUUCCCGGCCUCGAAAACUGGCAAGCCGACUACCUCAGCCGACAACGGAUCGAUCCAGGGGAAUGGGCUCUGAACCCCGGAAUAUUCCAAGACAUCGUAGAUCGCUGGGGCCUUCCAGAGGUGGACCUCAUGGCCUCCCGUCACAACCGCAAGGUGACACAAUUCAUGUCCAGAUGCCGAGACCCCCUAGCGUUGGCAGCAGACGCCCUAACGACUACGUGGGACUUCGAUCUCGCAUAUGCCUUUCCGCCUCUCCCUCUUCUUCCAAGGGUCAUCAGAAAGAUCAGAUCAGAGCGAUGCACAGUCAUCCUGAUAGCUCCUCAUUGGCCCAGAAGAGCAUGGUUCACCGAACUGAUGGCUCUCAGCAGAUCAGAACCGUGGCCGCUACCUCAGACCCCCGAUCUACUCGCUCAGGGACCAAUCCUUCAUCCCAAUCCAGCCUUCCUGAAUUUGACGGCGUGGAGAUUGAGUCGAUAGUCCUCAGACGUAAAGGAUUCUCCCGUGACGUCAUACGCACCAUGAUGGCAGCCAGAAAACCCGUCUCUUCCAAGACCUACCACCGAGUAUGGAAGACCUACAGAGACUGGUGCGAAAACACUGGCCACUCUUUUCAGGACCUAUCGGUCCCUCGCCUCCUGUCCUUCCUACAAUCAGGUCUGGACAAAGGUCUGUCGCUAGGCUCCCUCAAAUCUCAGAUCUCCGCACUCUCUGUGCUCUUCCAACAACGUCUAGCCAUCCUACCCGACGUCUCCACAUUCAUCCAAGGGGUAGCACACAUUUGCCCUCCCUUCCGGGAACCUCUGCCCCCAUGGGAUCUCAAUCUGGUCCUUUCUACCCUACAAACUCCUCCAUUCGAGCCGCUAGCCACCAUUCCCCUAGCCUGGCUAUCCUGGAAGACCGUAUUCCUUCUGGCCAUCGCCUCAGCUCGCAGGGUGUCAGAGAUCAGCGCACUGUCCAGUCAACCUCCAUACCUUAUAUUCCACGAGGAUCGAGCAGUACUACGGACCAUUCCAUCCUAUGUCCCUAAGGUGGUCUCGGCCUUCCACAUCAACCAAGAUAUCACCGUUCCAUCAUUCUGUCCUAAUCCGGCAUCACCCAAGGAGGUAGCGCUACACUCCCUCGACCCAGUGAGGGCCCUUAAAUUCUACCUACAUCGCACCCGAGACUUUCGAGCCACAACCUCUCUAUUCGUCCUCCAUUCCGGCCAUCGGAAAGGACACCAGGCAUCCAAGACCACCAUAUCUCCUCCCAUUCACAUCACAGCUCAUUCUACCCGGGGCAUAGGAUCUUCCUGGGCCUUCAGAAACAGAGCUUCAGCCGAUCAGGUCUGUAGGGCCGCCACUUGGUCCUCCAUUCACUCUUUCACCAAAUUCUACCAAUUCGAGAUCUUCGCAGCAUCUGACGCGCACUUCGGUAGAAAAGUGCUCCAGGCGGCAAUAAAUUAGUCCUCCUAUUGACCUACUAUCCGCUUCUCCCACCCUGAGAGCAAGGGACAGCUUUGGUAUGUCCCCAUGGUCCCUGUGUCCCACAGACACCUGUUAGAGAAAAGGAAAUUUUGUGAUACUCACCGUUAAAUCCUUUUCUCUCAGGGUGUCUGUGGGACACAGGGCUUCCCCCCCUGGAAGCGGAUAAACCUUCUGAACUUCCUUCUGCCUACAUGUACAUAGUUUUCAAGUUGACUGUUACCUUGUGGUUCUUUGUGACAAAACUGGUGAAGGCAGGAAGUACUGGGGGGUAUAGCAGCAGGGAGGA